AUGAGUUCUGCUUCUGAAGAUGGAGACAAAAUCUCAUCCAAGGCGGAAGCUUUACCAGCAACUGAAAGCAUCGAUGGACUGAAAAGCGAUGCAUACGAGGACCGCAAAGCUUUUCUUUCCUCAUUUAGCCCAGAAGAGGACAAAGCUAUCCGACGAAAGGUGGAUAUGAGGUUUCUUUGGCUUAUCGGCUUGAUGUACAUUAUCAAAAAUAUUGACUAUACCAAUGCUGCGGCAGUCAAAGUACUUCAAGUCGGCAAGCCAACGAAUAUUCUUCGACAGCUUAAAAUGACAAGUGAUCAGUACAACUGGGUUCAGUCAAUAUACUUUAUUAGUUAUAUUGUUUUUGAAGUUCCUAGCAAUUUGAUGCUCAAGAAAGCCACCCCUCGCAACUGGCAAUUCCGUAUCAUGCUAUCGUGGGGCAUCGUCCUCGCUUGCCAUGCGGCUGUAAAGAACAAAGAGGGCUUAUACACCGCUCGCUUCUUCUUAGGCAUGAUGGAAGCUGGAAUGUUUCCUGGUCUUGCAGCUCAAUUGUGCAGUUGGUAUCGCAGCGACGAAAUGGGCAAGCCAAUCAUGUGGAUGUUUGGAUUUCAGAACUGCUCAGGGAUAAUUGGCUCUGUGGUAGCAUACGGUAUCUCGUAUAUGGAUGGGCUAGGUGGCAUGAGCGCAUGGCAAUGGGUUUACCUUCUCGAGGGUAUUUUUACCAUUUUGUUUUCUGGAGUCGUGUUUUUCGUACUCCCAGAUUAUCCUAAGUCGCCACGAUCAAGAAAGUGGCUCACGCCACGCGAACAAGAGUACCUUGAAGUUCGACUCUCAGAAAACGCCCCACGCACUGCCGAUUCAGCUUUUAGUAAGACCGAGAUCAUGGCUUCUCUCCGAAACCCGCGAACGUAUGCGUUCAUGUUGGCGCAAAUAUUAACGAAUCUAGGCGGAUAUGGUCUCAGCUGGCAAUUGCCAACCGUCACGACAAGUCUCGGUUUCGCAGGUCUUCCACGAAACCAACUUCUCAACAUCCCACCAGCCGCAGCUUCUGUUUUGGCCAUCAUUUUCUGCGGAUGGUUCCUCAGUCGCGCUUAUCUCACUCGACCUGCCGUCAUAAUGAUCAUCUGCACCGGCGCACUCACUUUCUUCCUCGUCCUCGCCUGCACAAGAGAUAAAUACGCCGUCUACAUAUCCGUGGUCUUCGGAACCAUGUUCUACUCUGUCUACUUCAUCCCCUUCUGGGCGUGGCGCUCCUCGACCCUCGAAGGCACGACCGGAACAGCAUUCACCCUCGCAUUCCAGUCGUGCGUCGGUCAAGUUGGCGGUGUUAUCGGUCCUCAGCUUUUCCAGUCCAAGUACGCGCAUAAUGGUUAUAAAGUCCCUUUUGCGAUCUGUGCUACGGCAAUUGGACUUGGUGGGGUGGCGAGUGCGUGGACUUGGUGGUUGACUAGGAAUGUGGAGUGGGAUGUGAGGAGGAUUAGGAGACUUAGAAUUAAGGCUGAGAGGGAAGGGGAGGUAUUUUCGAAUGAUGAUGUGAAAGUUUUUGAGGAGAGGAGGUUUUAUGGGAGGGGGUUGAAGAAGGAUGGGGAGGCGGCGGCUGAGGUCUGA